UAAAAGACCCAUUAAAAUCUGAUUUAUUGGAACAUAUAGUUGGAAACGGACAUUUUGCCCACAACGUCCUAAUGUAAAAAAAUCUGCUCUCCUUAAGAGCCACUAAACAAAUAGACCUCUACCCUGAGUGACUUUUAAUGUAAUAGAAAUUAGUUCAAGUGAUAAAGGUUAUUGUAAGAGGAUCAAUUAAUGUAACUGUUUCUUAAUAUAAUAACUGGAAUCCAAGUUUUUUAUAGGGUAAGAUUAGUGGGAGUGUUCAUGGAGAAUUACUCAAUACAUCUUGCGACAGUCAAUAGCACAAAGUUCAGUGACCAAGUGGAGCAAGACAGAGGAACAAGAGAAGAGUUUUCGAGAGGUUUGGUGGAGUAAGCAGCACUUCAGGAUCGACCGCUAUAAGGAUUAUACUCAAACACGGUGGAGGUGAUCUCAGAUGGAUUACGCCAUGAAGAUGCUCACCCUGCCGACUCCAUCUUCCCUCUCCAGUUCUGUGACCUCCAUGACUCAGCAGCUCCUGACGGGUCGAGCUCCUCGGCCAAAGCCCUUCAGGGUCUCAAAUGCCGACCGCAGCGUGAAGAAGGGCAUCAUGGCCGACACGCUAGAAGACCUGAUUAACAAGGUCAUCGACUCGUUGAAUGUAGCGUGUGUCGGCGCCCUGGUGCUGGAUGAAGACGGCACAGGGGUGGACACAGAGGAGUACUUCCAGACGCUGCCUGAAAACGCCGUCCUCAUGGUGCUGGAGAAGGAAUGCAAGUGGACCCCACCUCCGAACAGCCCCUCCAAAGACCAGCUGAGUGAGCUCAAGCCACAGCAGCGGAAAGAUGUGGUCAAGUUGACUUUUGACCUCUACAAAAACCACCCCAAGGAUUUCAUCGGCUGCCUGAACAUGAAAGCAACCAUGUACGGUGUUUAUUCUCUGUCCUACGACCUGCGCUGUCACAAUGCCAAAAACAUGCUGAAGGAGGUUCUGCGAUGGGCCAUCUUCACCAUGCAGGCCACGGGACACGUCCUGCUGGGCUCCUCCGGCUACAUCGAGCAGCAGCUGCUGGAGGAGGAGGAGCGGGCGGAGAGGAGCCUGGAGCUGCCGCAGGUGAGCCGGAUCGAGCUGCCGCAGGAGAGCCGGAUCGAGCUGCCGCAGGCGAGCCGGAUCAGGCAGCUGCAGAGCAUGCUGCUGGCGAAGAUCAUACGCUGAUGAAGAACUGAAGCUGACAAUGGUCCACUAUGAGACGUAGGACACCAUGUAGAUGGUCACAGAUGAGAUGGGGAUCUCUACAUGUUCAUGUCCCAGUUUGCGGACAUUGCAUCAGUCUGUCACUUUCUUGCUCUGUUACAUUUUUAUGCACUUUAUGUACGCUGAUACCACAUUGUAUUUGACAGAAAGCACCUUUACUCACUUAUGUAGCUUCAUCCUAGGGUAAUGAAUAAAUAAAAGUACAACUGUUUUUAAAAGGACAUAUUCUGCUCUUUUUCAGGUUCAUAUUUGUGUUUUGUGCCUCUGUGACAUGUUUACAUGCUUUAUUGUUCAAAAAGGUCUUUAUUUCUCUCAUACUGCCUGUGCUGCAGCACCUCUUUUCACCCUCUGUCUGAAACCAGAGCCCAGUCUGCUCUGAUUGGUUAGCUGGCCGGCUCUGUUGUGAUUGCUCAAUCGCUUAAAGAUGUGCCGCCCCUUAGCCUAUCACGUACAAUGUGUUGUAGCCCUAGCCAAUAGAAGUGCAAGUCUUGCAUAUGGAUGUCAUUAUGAUACGGAAGAAAUCCAAGGAGUCCAAUGGAGGCGUUUCAGGCAGGGGGUGUUGGAGAGAAAACUUCCUUUUGAGGGAACUUUGGGAUUUUAGCAUUUGCAGACCAUUAACAUGCACACAAUCCUAUAAAACACGCCUCUUUAAACUUCCCCUUGCAGAAUGUCCAUUUAAAUAUACAUACAGCUACGAAUGGGCCUAUAGUGUAUGUGCAGAGUUAGCCCAUUAGCUGGCUUUGUGUGUGUGACUCCUGUUUGAAGUCUCUGUAAUUGGCAACAGGUCCAGCUGUCCCUCCCACGUUCCCCUAAUUGUCCCCCGGCCUGCACCGUCCUGUCAGCUGCAGCCUGCCUCAGAAAAGCAGAGGAAGAGAAACCAGCUGCAGGGGGCGAGGGACGGAAACAAGCUAUUAUACCCAGAGAAAAGAGAGAUGAUGGCUUCAGCUGGUGGCAGAUCGUUCCCUUUUGCUAUCUUGAUGUGAACGGUGGCAGCUUUGGACGGGUUUUGAACUGAAUUGGCUCUCUGAUAAUACCUGAAGAUACAUGUCUGAGGUUAACAUUCAGCAGGUCAACAGUUGGAGUGUGAAUGUGGGCUACAAACCUGGUGUUAUAUUUCUUUUGUCUCUUUUUUUCUAUAUUAUAACUGGAAUAAAUAGAAAUCUGGCCACA